AUGAGAGCUUCCAGUACUUCUUUUCGCAUUUUGGAACCCGCAUCUCCUUCUAGAGGACUUGUCUACGUUUCCAGGACUCAACUUUCAAUUCCAAGGAAGCUCUUCUUUUGCCGAGCAAAAUUUGAUGGAUCCUUCAGCUCGAGAGUGGUGCCGGCAGCUCUGUUGACAGCAGAAAAAGAAGAAGCCAAGGCUGUCCUAAACUUGUUCUUGAAGAAACAAGGUUUGAGCAAUGCAGUUGCAGCAAGAACUAUCAACAAGUCAGACAUUUUCAUUGACCACCUUGUGUCAAGGCUUCAUUUGGUUCAUAAAUCUCGGUAUCUAGUAGGCCGAGAGCUAACAACUCUUGAGAUCAGGGAUGCUCUUAUUCCAUACCUCCAGUCUCUCCUUGAAGAGCAUGGAAGCAUAUUGUUAGAUUCAUUGGAAAACUUUCCUAGCCCUUCUGGUAAAGAAAAACCAACUGUACCUGUUUCUCCACCCCAUUUGACCCUUGAUUCCAAGAAGCAAAGGGCCGUGUCUAGAGUGAGCGAGACAGACCCGGCUGGGAAGCUUCCCCCUCACAUUCUAUAUCUCAUAGAGCUUGGCAUGGAUCUUGAGAAGAUCAAGGGAAUUACACGCAAAUUCCCUGCUUUUGCUUACUACAGCUUGGAAGGGAAAAUCAAGCCAGUGGUUGAAUUCCUUCUUGAUCUUGGAAUACCUAUAUCAGACCUUCCAACUGUUCUAACCAAACGGCCUCAAUUGUGUGGAAUUAGUCUCUCUGAAAAUCUUAUACCAACUAUGACAUUCUUAGAAAAUUUGGGUGUGGACAAGAGACAAUGGGCAAAAGUGAUUUGUCGCUUUCCGGCACUUCUUACAUAUAGCAGGCAGAAGGUUGAGAUGACUGUAGAUUUUCUCUCUGAGAUGGGUCUCUCAGCAGAGAGCAUUGGCAAGAUUCUAACACGAUAUCCAACUAUCAUAAGUUACAAUGUCAAUGACAAGCUGCGACCCACAGCUGAGUACUUUCGUUCCUUGGGAGUUGAUAUUGCCUUACUUCUUCAUCGAUGCCCGCAGACAUUUGGUCUUAGUAUUGAGGCCAAUUUGAAACCUGUGACAGAAUUCUUCCUGGAAAGGGGAUACAGUAUAGAGGAUAUCGGGACAAUGAUAUCACGAUAUGGAGCUCUAUAUACUUUCAGCCUGGCAGAGAAUGUGAUACCAAAGUGGGAGUUCUUUUUGAGCAUGGAUUAUCCAAAAGAAGAACUUGUUAAAUUCCCACAGUAUUUUGGUUACAGUUUGGAAGAGAGGAUAAAACCAAGGUAUGCAAUAGUGAAGGAAGCUGGAGUGAAACUGCUGCUGAAUCAAGUAUUAUCGCUGUCAUAUGACAACUUUGAUAAGGUUUUGAAAGCAAAAAUGAAGAAAAUGCUUUCUGACGGGACCUCAAGUGACAUGAAUAGCAGCGAAGGUCUUCAACCAGGAAUUAAAUGA